GAGCUGAUAUUGUUCCGUUACUCUUAAUUAUACCUAAACAAGCGAAAAAGCUUAUAAUUUCCAUUGACAAAUAAGACUGUGUUGCAAAGUUACGAUGACCACACCAAUUAAAUUCGCGUUGUUUUCAAAAAAAUUAACAAAUCUUAUUAAAACUUGUAAAUUUAAAUUGAAUUAUUCAACUAGUAGUGUAUUGUUAAAUAAAAAUGAGUUUAAGAAUAUUUGGGUUGGGCCUGAACUUCAAAAACCAGUUCCAACGAUUUCGUUUGGAAAACAAAUUUACGAAAGUUUAUCGAAUGCCAAAGAUGAAGAAAUCAUGUUUAUUGAUGCUAUUUCGGGAAAACGUACUACAUACAAAGAAUUUUUUAAACUAUCAUGUCGUUUAGCAAGAAGUUUAAAAAAUUGUGGAUAUAAAACCGAUGAUGUUAUUGGGAUUUCUAGCGAAAAUAGCGAAUUUUAUUUCAUUCCGAUAGUCGCAGCACUUUACUUAGGAACCAUAACAGCUCCUUUUAAUCAAUUCUACACUAAAAGAGAAUUAACUCAUUUAUUAUCGAUAACAGAACCAAAAAUAAUUUUUACCUCUAAAAAAGUGUUAAAUUCGUUCCUCGAACAAAAACAAAUUAUAAAUUCAAUCGAAAAAAUUAUUGUUUUGGAUUCAAAAACAAAUAUUGAAGGAACCGAAACGAUGAUGGAAUUUAUAAAUAAACAUUGCGAACCGGAUUUUGAUGAAAAUAAGUUUAAACCGGUUGAUGUUGAUCCGUUGAAUCAUGUAGCAACCGUAUUAUGCUCAUCAGGGACUACUGGUUUACCAAAAGGAGUUAUGAUUACUCAUGAUAACAUCGCAACAAGACACAAUCAAUUAACAGAUACAAGAUUAAGCGAAUUAAACCAUGAAACUCUUUGCGCUUGUUUGCCAUUUUUUCACUCAUUUGGAUUUAUGAUGAUCGCAUCUGGAAUUCCAAAACGAAGCACUUUCGUAAUUAUGCAAAGAUUUGACGAAGAAGUAUUCUUAAAAGCUAUCAAUGAUUUCAAGAUUAACGUCAUCUAUAUUGUUCCACCAAUUGCAAAUUUUUUGGCAAGAUCUCCAUUACCAUUAAAUUACAAUUUAAAAAGCUUGGAAGAAAUUCUAGUAGGAGCAGCACCAUUAAGCCAAGAAAUUGAAGCAAAACUUUUUGAAAGAAACCCCACCAUAAAAAAUUUGCGUCAAGGUUAUGGUUUAACAGAGGGAACAAUAACAUUAACAUUAAUGAGAACAAAAGAAAGAAAACUUGGAUCAUCCGGAAAAUUAGUUCCAUCCGUUUCCGGAUGUGUAAAAGACAUAAAAACUGGUGAAUUUUUAGGACCAAACCAAGUAGGAGAACUAUGUUUUAAAGGCAAAAUGGUCACAAAAGGUUAUUACAAAAAUCCAGAAGCUACAAAAUUAGCCUAUAAAGAUGGUUGGCUUCAUACUGGCGAUAUUGGUUAUUUUGAUGAAGAAGGAUUUAUAUUUAUUGUUGAUCGACUUAAAGAACUAAUUAAGUACAAAGCUUUUCAAGUUCCCCCAGCGGAAAUCGAAGGAAUUUUAUUAACACAUCCAGGAAUUAAAGAUGUGGGGGUUGUUGGAAAACCAGAUGCGAUUGCAGGAGAAUUACCAACGGCUUUUGUCGUUCGAAAUCCGGGGAAGGAAGUUAGCGAACAAGAAAUUGUUGAUUUUGUCGCUAGGGAAGUAUCGAAACCGAAACAGUUACAUGGUGGAGUUUAUUUUGUUGAUUCUAUACCGAAAACUGCUAGCGGAAAAAUAAUGAGGAGAGUGUUGAAGGAAAUGUUGAUUAAUAAAAUUGAAUAAAACCUUAAAAA